CAUGAAAAGGAAUAUUUGGAAAUUCUAACGGCAGUUAAAGGAUCGCCUAAAGAAAAACGGCUAGCGUCGCAGUUCAUUGCGAGGUUUUUUAAGCAUUUUCCAAAAUUGGCGGAUCAAGCUAUAGAUGCUCACUUAGAUUUAUGCGAGGAUGAAGACAUGGCUAUUCGAAAACAAGCUAUUAAAGAUUUACCAACGCUCUGUAAAGAUAAUAAAGAACAUACAGCAAGAAUUGCAGAUAUCUUAGCACAAUUAUUACAAGCUGAGGACUCUUCAGAACUGGCAGUUGUACAUAACAGUAUUAUGUCGCUUAUGAAGAGUGAUCCCAAAGGUACUUUAAGUGGAUUUUUUAGCCAAAUCAUUAGCGGCGAUGAUGGAACGAGAGAACGUUGUAUAAAAUUUUUAGCUACCAAGCUUAAAGCAAUAGGACAUGACAUUAUUACGAAGGAACCGGAAGAUUUAUUAAUUGCAGAAUGUAAAAAAGUAUUGCAGGAUGUGACUGCUGACGAAUUCCAUAGUAUCAUGGAAAUCCUUGCAUGGACUCGAUUGGGAUCUACUGUCACUGGACAACAAGAAUUGAUUGAUAUUACAAUAGAACAAGCUGAAUUAUCUGUACCCUUUAAACACACCAAUAUUGAACAAUGGAACAGAUUGGUUCAAUGUGUUAAGCAUGCUCUUCCAUUCUUCAGUUCUCAGAUAGAUUCAUCAAAAUUUGUUUCAUACAUUUGCGUGCAAGUUCUACCACAUCUGUCUUUGAUGACUUCUCCCGAUGGUAGAGAUAUUCAAUUGGAAUUAUUAAAAUUGCUUGCUGAAUUAACUGUGUUUUGUGGAACUAUUGAAAAACCUGAAGAUAAAGUUCAACAACUUUACAAUACUCUUAUUACCUAUAUGCCACUUCCUCCAGCUACAGAAAUUACUGAUGUACCAAAGUUGCAAUUUAGUCACGUGGAAUGUUUAAUGUACGCUUUUCAUAAACUGUGCAAGCAAACUCCUGAGUUUUUGAUAAAGGAUCCAGAGCAGCUAAAAGAAUUUAGAUUAAGAUUACAAUACUUUGCAAGGGGUAUUCAAGGUUACAUAAAGAAAUUACGUGAAGCUAUUAGCGGAAAGACAGAAGAAGAAUUGAAAUCUGAAGAGAAUCAGUUAAAGGUUGUGGCAUUGAAAACAACCAAUAAUAUCAAUACUUUAAUCAAAGAUCUGUUUCAUUCACCUCCCAGCUUUAAAAGUAUAAUACAUCUCUCAUGGAAAACACCUUGUAAUGACAAAAAGAGCGAAAAGAAUUCUGCUCAGAAAAGACAUACACCGAUCACAUUUGGAAAUGACAACAGCUCGAAUAAACGUAGUAAGGAAGAUAAAAACAACAAAAGAGAAAUCUAUACACCUCCUAGUGGCAAAUACAGUUCAAGCAUAUCAAAUUAUGGCCGUGGUAGAUUCAAAGGUAACAGACCUAGAGGAAGAGGUGGAUUUAGGACAAGAGGAGGUCGUGGUUCAUGGCGAAAGAAUUUUUAUUAAUUAUAAAAUUCAUUAUAUUGAAAACAGAACCGAAAUUGAAAUAACGACAUAAGCGUUCAUUUGCUUUUUGAACAACAAAGCGCUUUCUAAGAAGUUAUCACAAAUCUAACCUUUAUGACUACAUAUAUAACAGAAAUAAUUUUGUGAUAAUUUGAAGACUUUGAAGAUUAAAUUCCCAGAUAUAUGAGAGAAAAAGAAAUCAAUAAUUUUUGAAUUCAUUAUUACUUGAAUGAGACGGGAAGAAAAUUUGGAGAAUGCAAGAUUGCAGAAUUAUAUAAAUAGUUUUCUUGUUUAAUUCUUAUACUAUGAAUUGCAAUAAAAUUCAAAAAAUAUAUUUCAGUCAUUUAAUGUAAAAUGGAGAGAAUAAAACGUAAACAAUACAACAUAUAUGAUGAAUGGAUUGAAACGAUCAAGAGAAAAUACUUAUUGAUUAACGGAUUCAAUUUCAUGAAGAUGUUGAAACUACAUAUGAAA